AUGGAUUCUGAAAAGGAAGAGGCAUAUUUAUUUGAUAUUACAAAAGAAGUAAAACAAUUUUAUGAAAGUCCCGUUAUAUUCUUAUUAAAAAAGGAUUACUCAGAGGUGAUAUUUGAAACUAUGUGUAAGAUGAAAACAGCUAUUCGUGAUGGUGCUAAAAAUCGUAUUAUAGAUAUGAUUGUUGACUUUCAUUUACAUUGGUUACAAUCUGUUAAUGAAUUAGAAAUCUUUAGAAAUAAACUUACUACUUACGAUCUAAAGAAAGAAGAUAUAUACGAUGCAAUUAAUUACACUAUCGACUCUUUGUCAUUUAGACUCAAGAAAUAUCUAAAUUAUAUGGAAACACAUAAGGUAGGUAUUUCUUCUGACGGGCAAGCUAACAUAAAUUCUGACUUAGAAAUUGUAGAGGAAAUGCACAAAGAAGUAACGGAUGUUUUAUUAGAAAAACUAAAGAAAUAUAGAAACUAUUCCAUCGAAGAACAUUUCAGCAAAAUUCUUAACGAAGUUGAUGACCUUUUUGUAUAUUUAGAUAAAAUACAUGAUGGGCUAUCGAUUCUUUUAAGUAAAUACUUAAAUAUGAACGUUCCACAUUUGUCUGGAGAUUUAACGAAAACGCUACAACAAAUUAUAGAUGAAAUCCAAUCAUCUAAUAAACCAACUUGUCAAAAAUUUAUACAAGAACUUAAGACGAAGGGCAAGGAAAUAAGUUCAAUGAUACGUGGCACGGCUGCCCGUAAUCUCGAAAUCAGUAAAGUGGUGGAAAAAAUUAAUGUUCUCGAAGAACGAAUAAAACGUUUGCAACAAGAGCAAGGAUCGGCUGCUUUAAUGGCGUUAGUGCAUAAAAAAGAAUAUUUAGAAAAAAGACUAGAUUCACUGGAAAAUUUAAAAAUUACUAUAAAGCAAAUGCAUGAAAUGACUGACGUUGAACUAGAAGAUGUAGAUGAAGAAGAUUUAUGUAUUUGUGAAGACUUUUUUCAACUUCGUAUUUUCAAUCAUAAUCUUCCAGCAGAAGAACGAGAUCACUUGAUUACAGAACUUUGUUCUUUAUGGGAUUUGGCUGUUUUUGGUGAACGUAGUCGUAAAUCCAUAAUUUCUAUACUGAGUGCUGCUGAUAUGCGAGAAGAAUAUGCAGAUGAACUAGGCACUUUCUUCAUUGACGGACAUAGCCGUAAAAUAUAUAAAUUCGCCGAUGAUGAUGUUUUAUACCAGCCAAAUGAACUUAAUGAAUUAGUACCCCUAUCGGAUGAUGCUGAUCAUGUUUAUUUUUAUGAUGAGUGUGGUCGAUAUUUCAUUGAUCCACAAACAAGACAAAGAAUAUACAAAGCUCAUGCAACUGCCAGUGAGUACAUGAUGGACUCCACUGGAGUUCUUUUGAAAAUAAAGGAAGAAAGAGACGGUAUUGUUUACUAUUAUGAUAACUACGGGCGUUAUUAUGUUGACCAAUACGGUAAGCAUAUUUAUAGAGAUGUCGAUGCAGUAAGCGAGUAUGAAAAUGAUGGACUUGGCAAUUUAGUACGUAUCAGAAGUCAUUUGGAUAUAUUUCAACCAUGUCCUGAUGAUGCUAACGUUAGUGAUGACUUUAAGUAUUUAAAACGAACUGUCGGACCAGCUUUGCGUGAAUCUAUUGCCGAUUGUAUCCUGCGCCAGCCAGCAGACCCGAUAAAUUUUUUGUCUUCUCGUCUUCUUAAAUAUAGAGAAAAUUUAGAACUAAAGGAGAAGCGGGCUAGGGAACAAGAAGCCUUGAACGUUGAACGAGAGAUCAGAAUUGCAGAGGAAAGAGCUGCAGCUGAGAGAGCAGCAAUGGAAGCUGCUUUGCUGGCACAGGGUGGCAGUGAAACUAGCUAUGAUUCAAAUUUAUUUAAAUACCAGCACGAAGAUGGUGCUCCAUCAGCAUCAGCUGCUGCAAGUUCAAAAUAA